AUGCCGCCCCGACUCCCAUGCAGCGCCCUACGCUCGCCCGCACCGCCGUUCCGCCUGCCCACAGCCCGCGCGCUCUCCUCCACGCCCGCGCCUGCCUCCCCCCCCCGCGACGCUCCCGCGCCCCACGCCAGAUCCUCCUCGAGCGGCGACCUCCUCUCCCUCAUCCACGACAAGCCCCGGCGCGCCGGCCGCCUCGCCCGCCCCGUCGCCCGCCCCGGCGAGACGGCCAGCAACCUGCUCAGCCGCCUCGAGAGGGAGACCAAGCACCGGCGCGAGUCGCUCGAGGCGCUGCGCAACGAGAAGAUCUCGACCGACUACUUGAAGCAGAUGCCCCGGCGCUGGGACGCCGGCGACGUCUACUCGCCGCAUGACCUGAGCCCCGCCGAGAUGCAGAAAUGGCGGAGGCGCUCGGCCCGCCGCAGCGACGUCGUCGACGCGCUGGGAAUCAGGCCGCUGGACAUGUACAAGAAUUUCUCCCUCGUGCAGGAAUUCACCACCUCCUCCGGCCAGAUCAUCCACUCGUCAGGCACCAGCUUGAGGCCCGUCAACCAGCGCAAAAUCGCCAAAAUGAUUCGUCGGGUCCAAGGAAUGGGCAUCUAUCCUACGAUUCACGAUCAUCCCGAGAUGAUUCGGGAAAACUUCUUUCCACCUUCAAAGACGCAUCAUUAG